AUGUACAUCACCCUCUACUACAUAGUCACCCGGCUCCCUGACUCUCUCCGCGUAGUCUGGGACCACUUCCUCUCAGUUUGCCCCACCACUCUCACCGUCGACCUCCUCGAGAAGGGCCUCCUAGCAGCAGAGAAGAGCAUAGUCGCUGUAGGAGCCUCUCGUGGUGACCUUUGCACCCCCGUCUUUGAGGGGUGUUCCCCCUCCCCCCUCUUGCCCUCUGUUGCUUCUGCUACUGCGGCCGACCUUGUUGGUUUCGAGUCGGUCGGCCCUGCGUCUGCCCCUAGCGGGAGACGCCGCACCGGCAAGGGCAAGGGGGGCAAGGACGCUGGAGGGGCUGGCGGGGGCGGUGGAGGUGGUGGUGGAGGCAGUGGAGGGGGUGGGGGUGGUGGUGGGAGUGGUGGCGGGGGUGGCAGCGGCGGCGGCAGCAGUGGAGGCGGAGGAGGCGGCGGUGGUGGCGGAGGGAGCGGAGGCGGCGGAGGUGGCGGAGGAGGCGGAGGUGGAGGAGGCGGCGGAGGCGGCGGCGGCGGCGGUGGUGGAGCGGGUUGCGACUCUGCGCAGAGGAGUGGGGCGGGGGUUGCCAUCUUUGAUCUGGACUAUGAUGCUAUCCUUGCUGUCAUUUAUUCUUUAACUACUAGUCUUGAGGGUGACUGUUACCUGUGUAUACCGCCUGACCCGAGCAUUGAGGCCACUGCUCUAGGUGCUGGUGAGGCUGCUGCUCUAGGAGCUAGUGCGUCUGCUGCCCCAGGUGCUAGUGCGUCUCCUGCCCAAGGUACUGGUGAGUCUGCUCUCUCAGGUACUACAUCGGCUCAGGCCUUACACACCUUCACCUUUGACUCGGGUGCGUCCCGCUCCUUCUUUCGAGACCGCACCACUCUUACGCCGCUCAGACGGCCGGUUGCAGUCUCCCUGCAGACCCCUCUGGGGGUCCUAUCCUUGCUAGCUUCUCCACUGUCUUACCGUGCCUGGCAGCCCCCUCUGGCACCCUGUCAGCCCCGUCUAGGCCCCUCCGCAGCCCCAUAUAGGCCCCUCGGCGGCCCCGUCUGGACCCGCUACGGCCCUGUCUGGCCCCGCUACGGCCCCGUCUCGCCCCGCUACGGCCCCGUCUUGCCCCGCUACGGCCCUGUCUGGCCCCGCUACGGCCCCGUCUGGCCCCGCUACGGCCCCGUCUGGCCCCGCUACGGCCCUGUUUGGCCCCGCUACGGCCCUGUCUAG